AUGGUCAGACAACAUGGCAGCUUGGAAAAAGACGACGAGACAAACCAGGCGGCAUGGGAGGCGGCGCGUGGUGCACUAGUGGGAGGUACAAAGUGGGGAGCCUUCUUCGUCGUAGCAGGCGGAGUCGCAUAUGCCGUUUCGCCCAUAUACCGGGGCCUCACCAUCCAAUUCAAAACAUACAUCCAGAUGUCCGGCAUGAUACUGGGCGGCAUGCUCGAAGCAGACAAGCGCAUGGUGGCAUACCAGCACCGUAUUAGACAUCACAAGAGGCUAGCGAGAGACAUGGAGAUUUGGAGGCGCUACGAGGAUUCGUAUGAGGAGAGGGGGACGCCGGGCGUGGGGGCCGAGAGCGACGUGCAUGGACCGGAUGGGAAAGCAUCGUAG